AUGACUCUGUUCAUUGUCUAUAUUGAUGAUAUUAUAAUUACCGAAGACAAUGAAGAAGGGAUAGGGAAUCUCAAGAAGCUGCUAGCAAGAGAAUUUGAAAUUAAAGAUCUUGGACAACUCAUAUACUUUCUUGGCAUGGAAGUUGGUAGAACUAAGGAGGGAAUUGUGGUCACGCAAAGGAAGUAUGUCCUUGAUCUAUUUCAAGAGACUGGGAUGCUAGGUUGUAAGCCAGUGGACACGCCUAUGGAUCCCGUUGGUAAGAUUGAUAAAGAUAAUGUCAGUCAUCCAAAUGAUAGAGACACGUACCAGAGGUUAGUAGGAAAGUUGAUCUACUUAACUCACACAAGGCCCGAUAUUGGUUUCGCUGUGAGCAUGGUAAGCCGCUACAUGAACAAUCCCACUGAAAGACACAUGAAAGCCGUAUACAGAAUUUUACAGUACCUUAAAAAGAGCCCGGGUAGAGGACUCCACUUCAAGAAAACCUCAAGUAGGGAAGUUGAGAUAUUCACAGAAGCUGAUUGGGCAGGAUCCUUGACAUAUCGGAGGUCGACUACUGGGUAUUGUUCCUAUGUGUGGGGAAACUUGGUGACUUGGAGAAGCAAGAAGCAGUCUGUAGUGGCGAGAAGCAGUGUAGAGGCAGAAUUCAGGGCAAUGGCUCAUGGGAUAUGUGAAGGAAUGUGGCUCCAAAGAAAACUCAAGGAACUUGGAAUUAUAUCAAACUCCACUAUGACAGUUUUGUGUGAUAACAAGGCUACCAUAAGUAUUGCAAAGAAUCCAGUUCAACACGACAGAACCAAGCACGUGGAGAUAGACCGUCACUUCAUCAAGGAGAAACUUGAAGGGGGAACAAUCAGACUUAUGUAUAUUCCUUCAAGUCGUCAAACAACAGACAUUCUAACAAGGGCACUUCCAAAGGCCACCUACGAAAACAUGAAAAGCAAGUUGGGAAUGCUAGACAUCUACUACCCAACUUGA